AUGGUCCUCGGCUCGCUGCUGCUUCUGUUGAUGGCUCUGCCGCUGCGGGUGCCAGGCUCCAAGGACUGCAUCUUCUGUGAGCUGACCGACUCCAAGUACUGCCCUGGCAUCCGCAUGCACUGUGGCGACGAUGAGAACUGCUACACGGGACGGGGGGUGGCCCCGGGCCUCGGCCCCGUCACCACCAAAGGCUGUAUGCAGUCCACUUCCUGCAGCCGUGAGGAGCCUGUCACCUACAAGGGAGUCACCUACAUCCUCACUGCCACCUGCUGCCACGGCCACCUGUGCAACGGGGUCCCCAGCCCCACAGGCAGCUGGUCGCUGGCGCUGGCCACAUGCCUGAGGUUGGGUGUGCUGCUCCUCCCAUAUUUGCUGUGACUGUCUCCCAGCUCUGCUGCUCCCCCCCACCCCCGGCCUCCACCCCUCCCCCAUUAAACGGCCAGAGGCCCUGGACAACGUCUCGUCUCGUGGCGCUGGCUCCCUGCGUCCUGGAGCUGUCCGCCAGGAGCCCGCCCUCGGCGAAGCACCUCGGACCUGGUUUCGGGGUGGGGACCUGUGCUCAGCGGGUUUGACUGCACUACUGUAUUUCAUCGGUUCUAAGAC